AUGGCAGCUAUGGGACCUCCUGCCUACCUGGUGACAGGUCAGGUAGGCUCAGAAAAAUGGCACAAGGACAACAGCAGGACCGUCCAGAAAUCCAGCGAUCUGACGAAAGAUUGUGGGAAGAAAGCCCUUGACCUCUGGAGGGCCCCCCUGGCUCCUGGACAGCCUGAGGAGACACCCUUUGAGCGCAAGGCUAGGAAGGAAUCCUGGAAAUUUAAGCUGGAUGUGUCAUCAACUGGAGAGGUGAAAAGAAAGCCACCCGAAGGGCCCGGGGUGACCCUGUGGAAGUCCAAAGUCAAGCCUCCCCCUUGGGUCUGCAAGUUGGCCCUGCCCUGCUUCCGAGACUACUUCAACACCAAGAACAACGAAUUUGUGGCUCAGUACAGCAGGGAGACACGUCAAGUGGUGAGCCGCAUGCGCCAGGCCCUGAUAGAGAUAAAUGAGCAGUUCAAGGCCCUGGUGCGUGAGAGAGAACGGCUUAAUGCCACACUGGCCAGGAUCCGCCAAAGCCUCCUCACCAACAAGCAGACCCAAGUCAUCCGGGAGCACAGACCAACACCAGAGAAGGUGCCUGACAAGGUGGAUGCCUUGAUGAAAUGGGAGAAGAAGGAAUUACUAAAACAGAAAGUCAAGCUAGAAGGGAUGAUGGCCAUGUCAGAGGACCACCUUAAGGCACUGGGCACAUGUCGGCAAGCCCUGGAAACAGCGUGUGACGAACGCAGUCGUGUGUUGGACCUGAUGCCACAUCCCCUGCGCAUGGUUCUCCUAGCGGCUGGGCGUGACUCCUGGCUUGGACUGGGCCGGCCCUCGUCCCCCUGGGUAGAGCGAAACCAGACACCCAGGCCGGACCCCAUCGGACCUUACACACCAGAGUGUGCGGCAGCUCUCGAUGAUGCCCAGCGCCUCACCUUUGUUUCCAAGGAUGUGAUGCUGAAGGUGAAAGAGGCCAUCAAAGAGGCACAGGACACCCGCAACACAGCCCACAACUCCAUUGAGAACAGCUUGCAAGGCAAAAGGAACGAGACUCUGUGUCACAAGGAACGGCUAGACAUGGCCUUGGGAGGAACACGCGGCACCCUGCACCGCUGCCAGCGUUUCAUGCACGAGAUGAGCGUCACCCGAGGAAUGGUUCUGGGUCCUGACAGCAGCAAGUACUUGGAGACACGGGAGAAGCUGACACGGCCAAUGGUGCAGGUGUACCAAAGACAUGUCGGGACGCAGCUGCCCGAAGCAGCAAUCUUCAACCAGUCCACCGCAGAGUUAGAUCGCUCCAUAGAGGACACAGCCAAGAACAUUCAGAGCCUACGGGACACAAGGAACCACCUGCAGGAUUCACGACAAGGAGACUGGCUACGGUGUGGACGGCAGCAUCAAACGCCUACGACAGCGCCGCAUACACCCCCGCACCUGCCUGCAAGAGGCUCUUGA